AUGGCGCAACAUCCUGCGUAUACGAUGGCUGGUGCAAUUGGUGGAAUAGCAGCUUAUUCGCGUGCUCGCUCUAUUCCAUCUUUGGUAGCUGGAUUGGGUAUUGGAGUAUUGUAUGGUAUUGCGGGAUAUCGGAUCCAACAAAAUAUUGAUUAUGGGCAUGAAUUGGCUGCUGCUUCAUCCACUGUUCUCGCGGGUUCAAUGGUUCCACGAUCUAUUAAAAAUCCAAAACCGGUUCCAUUGACAUUAAGCAUUCUUUCAAAUGUGUUAUCGGAUGAUCUAAAUAGCCCAAUGAGUUUUUUUCUAUGCGUAAACACUUGUACAAAUGCCACGAAAGUUAAAUCUGAUCUUCGUUACCGUUGCUCACAACAAUAUGGAAAAGACCGCGUGAGGCUGGUCAAAGUCAUUCGAAACGGCGAUUGGCAUGAAGUUGUAGAAUUAACGAUACGCGUUCUCUUAGAAGGGAAUUUUGAGAAAGCAUAUACUAAAGCAGAUAACUCUUUAGUGAUCGCAACAGACUCUAUAAAAAAUACUGUGUAUAUUCUUGCAAAAAAAUCCGCCCAAGUUCAACACAUAGAACUAUUUGCUAUUGAGAUCGGAGAUCAUUUCAUUUCCCAGUAUAGUCAUGUGUCUACUGUACAUGUAUCGAUUACCAAACAUCGAUGGACUAGAAUGUUAGUUAAUGGAAAACUCCACAAUCAUUCUUUUAUACGUGAUGGUGAUGAGACCAGGAGUACACGUGUCGUUACUUCUAGGAAUACAGGUGUUGCGAUCGAGUCUGGAUUAAAAGACUUGUUGGUGUUGAAGACCACCGGGUCCGCAUUUCAUUCUUUCUUCAGAGACGAAUACACUACUCUCGCUGAGACAGACGACAGAAUUCUUUCGACGAGUGUAGAUGCCACCUGGACUUUUAAAGUCCCGAAUUCAAUAUCAAUCGCUAAUAUUCCCUUUGACGAUAUUUAUGACUCUAUUCGUGAAAUUACGUUAAAGACAUUUUCCACGGACAAUAGUGCAUCUGUGCAAGCGACAUUAUAUUUAAUGGCCAAACAAGCACUUGAAAAACAUCCGGAAUUGGAGACUGUCUCUUAUGCAUUACCUAAUAAGCAUCAUUUCGCGUUUGAUCUCGAACGUUUUGGCCUAAAGAAUAAUGGGAAGGAUUCCGAUAUUUUUGUUCCUUUUAACGACCCUUCGGGAUUGAUUACCGCAACGAUUGCUCGUGCUAAAUUGUAG